GACAGCCCGAGUACCGCCUCUAUAGCACGGACAGAAGUGCAAACCCUUCGGCGUCGUCGGCGAGCUUGUGUACCCUCGGACUGCUUGCGACUUCUGAGCGCAGCCCCGGCGUUUGCACGUCGCCGCACGUGUGCCUGCCCCCACCAGUGACUGUCGCUUGUGAUGCUCGCCUCGGCCUGUCGUCGAGACUUGAGGAUUUACCCUUGCCCAAACGCCUGAGAGGAACACCUACAAGCUUCUACAGUGCGCGACUCACUUCGAGCCGUCUUCGCGCGCAGUAUAUAUUAUAUAUAUUUAUAUAUAUAUAAUAGUACUGUUUCCUCAUUAGCCCCACGUGCGGCUAGUAUCUUCAGCUGCUGACACCGGUCUAUCGGAUUCAUUUUGCGCAAACAGCCAUGGCUCCCCGGACCGAGACUGCAACCAUCGUGGCGACCGAGGCUCGCUCCAAGGUGGACCUCGAGCCGGCCACCACCAAUGAAGAAGAGAUAAUGGAGCAGAUGCCAACGAAGCCGCAGCCCAUGGAGAUCAUCUGGAUGAACGUCUUCAAGAUCCUCGUCAUCCACGUGAUGGCCCUGUACGGUCUCUACGUGGCGGCAUUCCAUGCCAAGUGGAUGACACUUCACUUUACCAUCUUCUACAUUGUUUGCUCUGGUCUGAGUGUGACCGCUGGUGCCCAUCGCUUAUGGAGCCAUCGUUCCUACAAGGCCAAGCUACCACUUCGGGUCAUUCUCAUGCUCUUUAACUGUAUGGCUGGACAGAACGACAUCUAUGACUGGGUGCGCGACCACCGCGUCCACCACAAGUACUCCGAGACUGAUGCCGACCCACACAACGUGAACCGCGGUUUCUUCUUCGCCCACGUUGGCUGGCUUAUGUGCCGAAAGCAUCCCGAGGUGACCAGGAAGGGCAAGGCCAUCGACUGCUCAGACGUUGCCAACGACCCUGUUGUCAAGUUCCAGACCAGGUACCACAUCCCGAUGACGAUUCUGUUCUGCUUCCUCGUGCCGACCGUGGUGCCGCAUCGGCUCUGGGGCGAGAGCCGCUGGAACGCCUUCUUCGUGGCCGCCAUCCUGCGCUGGGUGUUUCAGCUCAACUCCACCUGGCUGGUGAACAGUGCCGCUCACAUAUGGGGCCAGAAGCCGUACGACAAAAACAUCUCGCCGGCCGAGAACUUCAUCGUCUCCUUCUUGGCCAUCGGCGAAGGGUUCCACAACUACCACCACACGUUCCCGUGGGACUACUCGACCAGCGAGCUCGGGUGGAAGCUGAACAUCUCGACGAUGUUCAUCGACCUCAUGGCGAAAAUCGGCUGGGCGUAUGACCUGCGCAAGCCCACUCGCGAGAUGAUCGACCAGCGAGUAGCGCGAACGGGUGACGGCAGCCACCCGUCGCAACGGCACCACCACAACCACGAGCACGACUACUGAUUUAGAUAGACGCGCUCCGAACACACCGCGCUCUUCUGUCUGCCCCUCGGUUCGCUACGCUCAAGCGCAGUGCGCCACUGCUCAGCAGCGCGCAACCACUGCUGAACAUUCGUACGACUGCGGUCCCCGACGGCAUGGGCCCAUCUGAAAGAUUACCCAAGCCCGGCGCGGUGUUGUCUCUACGCUACGUGACGUCACCACGCGGCAUCUGCAUGCACGAGGGCCCUUGUGAAGCAACCAUUGUGCUGCUCAUAUUCCUCGUUCUUCACCACGCCGCAUGGGGUGCGAAUCACCGUGCCCCCCCCCCCCCCCCCCCACUGCGCUGGACGGCUUUCAACCGCAUUUUCACAGGGGGUAGCACGCCGCCAGUGAAGACCUAUAGCUCUUGUGCCCAUCGCAGCAGCCCUCGUGAAUGCCGUCUGCUGGACCUGCGUACCCGGACUAAAGACGUGCUGACGCGUGGGGUUUGCGUAGCCGUAAAAUUAGUUUGGUUACGAUUUAUUAUGUCAUCGUCGAAACCAGGAUCUUUCGACUACAACCUUCUUUCCUUGAAGAACGCUCGCAUUACCUUUAAGUGACAUUUAUUUGUUCUUUUUGCUGGUGAUACUCGCGAGAAACUUUCGCCGAGGAAACAGAAGAGCUGUGCUUGUUGUGUUCGUGGCACGCAGUAGGACUAUAUUCGCGUAUUUAUCGAAGGUCGUGCAUUAGGGAAAAUGUAGUCGAAGUGUUAGUGGCCUUAAUUGAUAAUUUCCCAGAAGUCUCUAGAAGGCUGCUGGUAGCAAGUGCAAUCAAGAAGAAAAUAAGUGUAUGCGAAUGGUUGCCGAGGCUGACUACCUACUUUCUGCUCUUCACUACUUAUUUAUCGCAGAGAAGCGGUACGAAGAAAGCACCUCUGGUCUCAUGUGAAAUUGUUGUGCUGUAUUUUGUGCGCUGUCCGCAGGCCAAGCCCGCCAUGAUGUGGUCACGCGCUUAGUAUGUGCAAGAAUGAAUAUUCGUGUGUGUGUUUUCAUGUUGUUACGUUGUUGACCAUAUAUCGUCCACUUCCUUGAUGUGACACUAAAAUCUUGUUACGCCAAGGUGAAGUUAUCCUAUUGAUGCCACUUGUGGCGCACGCCUGUGUAUCGUACCUUUUUUUUUUUUUUUUUCAGCUCCCCAGGGCAUGUAGCGUCGUGAGUGUUUAACAUACCGGGUGGAUCUGUAGGCACAACUUUCGUCCAGUCAAUUUGUUCCAGUAUGUUUUUGUUAUCUGCAGUGCAACUGACUGAGUUCGAUUUUGCGCACUAACCUAAGCACACGUAUGCCUACCACCGAUAUUACUCAGAGAUGUCUAAACAUGUAUAUAUCUACUUCACAACUUUGUUUCCUAAAUAAAGUAUUGCAUAAAUAAA